UGGACGAUCGUAUCGCUGUGGUGCACUCGGUGGGGGGAACAACCGACGAGUGCUGACGGAGUGCACGGUUAAUAAAAGGCAGCCCGAAGCUUGGAUCUCCGAGCGCGAGGGGCGUCAUGCAGCCCCCUUUGAUGCAAUAACAGGAAUAAUCCGUUGGGUCAUCUGCGCGUACCGGCUGCGGCUGCCGGGGUCCUUGUCACAUCACCCUUUUGAGCAGAGGCAAGCAGGGAAUCAAACCCGCCAAUUCAGCCCGACACCUGUAUCAACGGUCGGAUCACUUGUAAUCUGUCACCAUUUCCAUCAAGCUGAGCGCAUCUACCACCUGGUUAUCCGACGUGUCGCGCCCAACAUUCUUCCUUUACAAUCUUGUUUGAUCUCUUCUGAACAACCGCCUUCUACGUCGUCAACCCAUAAUACUCCCGCCUCCGUCAUCUCCACCAUCGGAUCUUGUGACCCAUAUUCCACGGCCGCUACUUGACGUCUCCUGAAUCGGAGCAGGACCUCCACUCUUUCAACCUCAAGAGCAAGGCGGCGGACGACAGAAAGAUACAAGACUAUCAAUGAGACAAAGAACUUGACAUCCUUUCAUUCAUCAAGAAAACGUGCCUGUAACGGCCAUUCCUGCCCAUCUCGUGCCGACUGCAGCACGACGGGCCCAACGCUCGUGGUGGAGGAACCAUGGCCUUCCAACAAUCCGCCGCGCCCCGCGCGAUCAUUCCCAACACCAAUCAAUCACAGGAUUCAUCGAACCAUACGCAGUUACGGCCAACUGUAGAGGAUUCCCAGGAAUGGGUGCUCUUCUCACCAUCACAGGCCGAGUCUACCAUCACACGGACGCAAACUAGUCAGACUGUCGGACUAUCAAGAGCAAGUGACAUAUCCCUCAAUACAGCCGGCAGGUCCGGCAGAGGCGAGUCCUUGGUGCUGGAUGAGGACGUUACAGAAGACGGUGACCUCGAUAGUCUGGACGAAGGGUUGCACGCUUUUCGUGAGAAUCCUUUGUUCUCAACUGUUACCAAUCAGACCCCAGGCGCUGUAUUGCCGACGCAUGACGGCUUGGGAACAUUUCCUGCGUCGAGCCCUCCAGUAUUGGAGCAGCUCUGGCAACAUGAAGCCUACAACCCAAAAAGGAAGCACGACGGACAACAUCGGAGACCUUCUAGCGUACAAAGAAGACUUGACACUAUCGACGAGAUUGAGCUGCAGGCUAGAGAGGAGAAACGUAUCCGAAUCGAAAAAUGGCGCUUGGAGCAGAGCCAAGCACUAAUGGAAGAAGUGGAGAGAGAGACUCGCCGCCGACUGCGAAGGGGCUCACGCCAGCCUUCCUAUCAAGAGACAUCAGCUUUCCUGAACGAGGACGUCCUUGGAUCAACGCCAAAGCAGAGCGAUUAUGUUUCUAGGUCUGCAGAGGAAGCGGAUGAGCAUGAGCCAUUCUGGAGACGAAUCACUAGGAAGUUCAUCCGCGACGUCAUCGGCAUUGAUGAGCCGCUUCUGUCCGUGAUUUUCGGCGAGAGUCUCCCGGAGGACGUCGAGGACAGGCCCUCUACUUCUGGUGGAUUACCCACGAUCCCCGAGCAGGGUUUGGAAGACGCCCAUCUCGCGGAUGAUGAAUCAUGGAGGGAUCGGCUUCUUCAACGCAUCGCUCGGGAGCUGGGAGUGUUUGUCCAUCAGCUGUCUCCUCAUCCGGGCGCCUUCACUACUUAUUCUCGAAGCCCGGACUAUGCAGGGAUGCCGGUAUCACUGCCUCAGCUGAGACAUAGUGCGCCGGUGGCCUCAAAUGCCGGAAACGAGAACAUCAAAGAGACAUCGACAUCUCUUUUGACACCCAACUUCCCUCCCACCUUACGAGACACCACCCACGCCGAAAGCUGGGGCUUCGAAGAAGACCCUGUUCCAGCCACUUCUCCACCAGAUUCAGCCAUAGACCUGCGACGAGAGCGGGAAUAUUGGGAACGAGAGCUUGACUUGAAGAUGGUUUUCAGGUAUCUGAAGGACAAGUUCGUAACGAGGGCACCUGCUCAGACGACUGAGUUCUCUGAGCAAGUCCCUGAGGAUGCCGCAACACGUGCGGCCAUUAUCCGACAGCAUCACCCUCUAGUUGCCCGGGCGCAACGCUCGCCAGUGAGGGUACGACGGGAAUCAAGAACGACCAUGAGACGACCUGCAAGCAGCUGUGCCAGUGAAAGUGUCCGGAGUAGCAGGAAAGCAUCUCUGGCCAGGAGUGGUUCCAGUCGAAACUACUGGGACAUUGGAGGCAGCGUCGGGAGCGGGAGCAUCAUGGCAUCAGGCGGUGCCUGGGGCGAAGUGUAGCAUAUCAACGCAUUUUUGACACGAACGGGGUUUAGGGGUUUCAACACGACCAUUUGGCAUUUUGGGAAAUCGGUGGGACGACUGUAUCAUGCAUCACGACUUAUUCAUUAUCUGUGACGGGGUUACAUUUUCUUGCUAGACAUGACCGACUACGGAGGCCGCAUGCAAGAUUUGAGAACCAGCUUGCGUGUGUAUUACUAGAAAAUGACUAAAUUAUCUGAUCCAGCAGUGACCUGUGGAGGACAAAUAUCAUUUGCAGAAUACAUGAUGAUGAUACUCGUCGCGCAACGCCA